AUGGCAGCGAAUUGGGAACCGUCCAUCUCCACCUCUCAGCUAAAACAGGUCCACCGCGACCUUCAUUCUGUUCACGCUGUCCUCAAGCAACUCUUUGCCUUCCAACUUCAAGACAAUGUCGACGUGAUCCGGGCGUGUCUAAGGGUUCUAGAUGAUCGUCUGGCCUUUAUUCACGAAGUGUUUGUUGAAACCAAAAAUGAUGAUGACUGCCCUUCCAUCUUUCGACGGGUUCUCUGCAGUGCAUCCCUUUUCGCUCACAAACCACAACUCAAGUGGUCUCCUAAGAAUGACACCAACUCAGCCGAAACUUGGGUUUUUCUGCCAGAUAAGAUAAACAAAAAUCAAAUUUUCAACUUCUCCGAUCCAGUAGAGGAGGAUUACCUCAAUCGCUUCCUCAAACAUCGCAAAUCCAAACUUCCUCUCUCUGACCCUCCUAACACUGGAUUUCUUCAAGAGGUUGUCAACGAGCUUCAAGUCAAAGCUGAGCUGAAAUUGAAGGCUGCUAUCGAGAAGAAGAAAGCAGAGAAGGCUGCCUCAUCCAAGGCAACUUCUUCUAGACUGUCCAAACACUUGCAGGAAGACAAUGAAGACUCCGCGCCUCCAGAUCAACCUGAGACCAUCGUUCUCGAUGAAGACGAUUCCGGAGAAGACAAACUCGAACAAGAUGAGGAACCUUCUGACAAAGAACCUCCUUUGUCUCGUGUUGAUCGAUUCAAGGACUUCAAGCCUUCUCAUAAACAUCCAGCUAGGAAAUCUCCGUCUCCUAAAGCUAAAGGGUCCAAAUGCCCUAAGGUGGAGAAAGGUAAAGGUAAAGAAAAGGUGUCCAAGGCCCCUUGUCGCUUUACUCAUGCCGACAUAACUUCCCGUCCUUGCACAAAUAAGUGGAGUGAGAUCGCUCAUGACAUUGACUUGUCUUUUCAACUGGCAAAGCACCCUGGAUUCACCAUCGAGGAAGUGGUCAACGCCAUGCAUCCUCUUACUGUGUUUAACCCUCAGUCUUCUUGUCUCAACUGCGUUGUCAACGGUGUUAAAUGCAUCAUCGGCCCAUCUAAGUCAUUGAAAUGCGAGCCUUGCGAGCGAGUCCAUUCCAAGUGCUCUUUCCUCUCUGACAUUUCUACAAUGAUGGCUGUUCACUCAGAAAUUCAGACAAUUGCAAGUCAAUCGACUCUUGGGAUCCAUACGACUUUGGCUGACCUUGUACUCAUGUCUAACAAGUAUGAGGCUCAAUUGGCCAAUGCUCGCCGGAUGCUGCUCCCUCUCCAGGCCCAAGAACAUCACAUCAAAGUCCUGCAGUCUCGUCUUCACAAUCAAUGCGUCGAUUCUCGAGUGGUGUUCGAGUACCUCCAACAAAAUCCACAUUUUACCCUCAAGGCUACUAUGCUCAGUUUCCUUUCGUUCUUCUUGAGUUGGGAGACAGUUCCUAAACUGACUUCCAACACCCACUCUGUGCAGGUUACCAAAGAUAACGAGUUGGAACUUGUUGAGAUCGAGUCCAAGAUGGUCGUCAGAUCUCUUCCUCUUCCUAUCAAUCCUCUGAUCCCCAGUCCUCUUCCCACUGUCCAGAAGGAUAAUACCGCAGUCUUCGUCGAGGUUCUGGCUGUUGACCUUUGUCCCUCAAAGUCUUCCAUCUAUAAGGUGGCCAAUUCCGGAGAUGCUGAUCAAGAGGUUGGAGUGUCGAACGUCCUCUCUUGA